CACAGUUUGAAAUUUGCAUCAGAGAUUGACAUUCGAGUCAGUCGGUGAUCUCUCGAGACGGCAAUAAGACGGCAGUCGCAAUUACGCUGGUAUAUCUCUGACAUUAACGGCUCAUGGCAAUAACCGUAAUUAAUUGAUUAAAUCAUAGAUACGUAAACCGAAUGCCAACAUGGGAUUCCUAAAGUUGUUAUUAAAUAUCGGUGGCCUAAUAUUGGUCACAAGCACGGUAUUUUGCAUCGAUCAUAAUUUGAAAAUUCAUCGUUUACCCGGCAACGCGAUACCAAUUCAUUAUAACAUUAAACUGACACCGCAACUCGAAGAAAGCAAUUUUUAUGGUGAAUCGAAUGUCAGUAUCGAAAUUCGUCAUGUAUCGUCAAAAAUAAGCUUACACUCGAGUGAUUUAAAAAUAAAUCAAGCGGCGACAAAGUUGAUUAAUGACAUCGGAACAGCUUAUAAACCGAUGAAACAUAUUCAUGACGACAUAACAAAUAUUUUGACACUUACUUUCGACAAUGCAUUAUCGCCCGGUCUUUAUACUCUGAACAUGAAAUUUGCCGGUAAUCUAUCUGACAAGUCUCUAAAAACAGGUUUUAUGAAAUUUCUGAACACAGAUAAAGAAGGAAACGCCACACUGUUAGCCAUAACACAAUUUGAACCGAAUGGAGCCAGACGAGUGUUUCCCUGUUGGGACGAGCCAGCGUUAAAAGCCACUUUUGACAUCUCCGUAAGGCAUCAUCAGAAAUACAAGGUAUUGUCAAAUAUGCCAAUACGAGAGGAAUUUUUAGAACAAAAUAGCAUGAUGCGGACACAUUUCAACAUCACACCAGUAAUGUCCACUUAUCUCGUGGCGAUUGUGAUUUCGUUCAAUUUCGUCCGCGUUGGGAACGCGAACGAGACCAUCAAUAUAUGGUGCAGACCGUCCAUGAUAUCACAAGUCAGAUUUGCACAUAGUCUUAUCAAGAAAAUCGUGCCACUCAUGGUCGAGUAUACUAAUAGUUCCGAAAAGAUACCGAAAACGGAUUACGUCGUGGUACAGGAUUAUGUGCAUGACGGCAUGGAAAAUUGGGGACUCAUUGUUUACAAUGAAUCAAAAUCUAUCUACGAUCGUAUCACACAACCAACAUACCAAAAGAUAAAAGUAGCGUCGUUAAUAGCACACGAAAUCGCCCAUCAAUGGUUUGGCAAUUUGGUCACUCCAUCUUGGUGGUCCUACUUGUGGUUAAGCGAGGGACUUGCAAUAUUCGUCAAAACGCACAUCCUUAGCAAAAUUUAUAAAGAUUGGCGAACGAUGGAUUUUCUUGUGAUUCAGACCUUACACGAUGCUAUGCUCUUAGAUACUGGUUUUUUGAAUUCUGUCACAAUAAAACUUAACGGUACCUUUGAAAAACUACAGCUGUUUUCUCAUGAAGUUUACGAAAAAGCGCCAGUUUUAUUACGCAUGUUACAUCAUACAAUUACUGACGAGGUAUUUCAAAAAGGUAUCAUCACGUAUUUGGCUACGCAUCAAUUUAGCUCGGUCACUCCGGACGAUUUGUGGAACGCUAUGCAAAAUGCUCUAGACGAAUCUGACAUCCCGCACGAAGAUUACAAAGUAAAGGAAAUGAUGGAUACAUGGAUGAAUCAACAAGGUUAUCCUGUAGUGAACGUAAUGACAAACGAAACUGGCGAAGUGACAAUAUCACAAAAAUGUGUCCAGUCAAUUAUAGUCCAUAAUAAAGUUAUCAGUUGUAAUACAUGGUGGAUACCCGUGUCAUUCGCAACGCAUUCCAAUCCCGAUUUCUCCAAUACUGUGCCCAGUCAUUGGUUACGACCAGAUCAAAAUAUAAGCCUUCAAAUUAAUCCAGAUGAUUGGAUUAUUCUCAAUUUGCAACAAACUGGAUACUAUCGUGUCAAUUACGAUACCACGAAUUGGAACAAGAUUAUACGUUACUUAAAUUCUGACAACUACACGAAUAUACACGUUCUUAAUCGUGCACAAAUCAUCAAUGACGCAUUUUUCUUAAGGCUGGAGCAACAAAUGUCUAGAGAUCAAUUCUUCGAUCUUAUAAAUUACUUAUCGCGAGAGACAGAUUAUGUGGCAUGGUACCCAAUGUUUCAAAUUUUAACACGGCUGUCGCAGUCGAAGUAUCUUUUACUGCCAGAGAGCAGAGUUUUCUUGUCACACAUAAUUAAACUCCUUGACAAACUUAUUCAGAGCGUAGGAUAUGACGAAGAUUUUAGUGAUGAUAUCACAGAACAGAAAAGGAGAGACGCCAUACAGUGGGCGUGUGCUCUUGAUCAUACGGGAUGCAGGCAAGAGGCUGCCCUUAGAUUGAGCCAACAUCUCAAUUCUCCUACAAUUAAUAACUACACAAUGCUACCAUGGUGGCAAGAAUGGACGUACUGUGCUGGUAUGAUGAAAGCUACUGAGUUUGAUUGGAAUAAAAUGUUAAAAUUAUAUCAAAAAAAAUCUGAUAAAAUGAUAUUGAAAAGUUUGAGUUGCGUUGAAAAUCCUGUUAUCAUCAGAUAUUAUUUAAAUAUGACAGCAUUAAACACUUCAUUAUUUUCGGAUGAGAAUCAUUAUUUUGUUUUUAAUGCUAUUGUUAAAAAUCAUGCGGACAAGCCUUUGAUCCUUGAUUACAUAUUGAAUAAUUUUAAUAUUAUAAAACCUAGAUCAGUUGCUAUUGAUACAAUAAUGGAACUUAUUCUUAAAAAUCUUCAUUUUAAGGAAGCUAUUAACAAGGUGAAAAAGUUUUCAGAAACUAAUAUCAAUCAAGAUCCAUUGAUUUUAUCUAAAAUUCAAAAAUUAAUAGAAGAUCGAAAAACAGAACUUACAAUUUUUUCCCAAUUUGGACCUUAAAAAAACUGUUGCGCAAUAAUCCCAUAAAGCAUGGACUAUAACAAGAAAAUUAUUUUUAUCGUCACGCAAGUUCAUUUCGUUGUCAAAUAAGAAAUAUAACAAAAUUAUAUCUAUAUCGAACAGAACGCAAAGUUUUUAGCUAUAAUAAAUAAUAAACCUAUUGUAACUUUACAAUGCAUUAUCGUGAUUAUGAUUGUAUGCGCAUAAAAAUAUAUAUUUAUAAUGCAAAAGAUUAAAUUCUGCUGCAUCAUAUUCUUGCAUAAGCAAAUAUAUAUUAUUCUUAAACGGGGACUGAUAAGUGUCAAGGAUACAACAUGUAGAGAAUGCAAAUUUCAGAUGAAAAUAAAAUAAUUAUUAUACAAA